GCCGCGGGGCACUGGAGGGGGCCCAGGAGGAGGUGGGAAUGGGAGGAGACGGGCGCGCCGUGGGGGGAGCCUGACUGGUGCCGGGAAGAGCCCGAGGCCGCAGGGGAGAGACCCCGAGGCGCGGGAGAGGAGAGCUCAGCAGACGCGGCCCCUGAGCCACAGGGCCCGGGAGCGGUGGCUCCUCCUCCAGGCCCACGCACAGCCCUCCGCAGGGUCCCCGGGAGAAGGAGGUGAAGCCAUGUGGCAGCUGCUGCUCCUGCUGGCCCUGGGGCUGGGCGCCAUGGGCUUGGACAGGGCGGAGCUCACGGAGGCCCAGCACCGCGGCCUGCAGGUGGCCCUGGAGGAGUUCCACAAGCAUCCGCCUGUGCAGUGGACCUUCCAAGUGACCAGCGUGGACAGUGCCAUGGACAUGCUCUUCCCGGCCGGGCAGUUUGUGAAGCUGGAGUUCAAGCUCCAGCAGACGAGCUGUCGGAAGAAGGACUGGAGGAAAGCAGACUGCAAGGUCAAGCCCAAUGGGAGAAAGCGGAAAUGCCUGGCCUGCAUCAAGCUGGACUCAAAGGAUCAAGUCCUGGGCCGGAUGGUGCACUGUCCCAUACAGACACCGGUUCAACGGGAGCUGGAGGAGGCCCAGGACACCCAAUGCAGCAGGGUGGAGCAUGCCGGCGAGGACCCCCACAGCUACUACCUUCCCGGACAGUUCGCCUUCAUCAAAGCCUUGUCCCCCUGAGCUGAGGCCUGAAGUCACCCGGCUUCCUGGAAGGAAGGGAGGUCACCAGUGAAAGCCCGCCUCCCUCCUCUGCGCCCCGGGGAGGGGCCACCCCUGACCCCUGACCCCUGAGCUAAUAAAGCUGCGCUCAGCUGA